CUCGAUAUGUUUCCUUGACACGCCCCGCAUCGACUUAUCGUGAUUGACUGUAUUCCUAGCCGAGACAGCGAUCUACACCUGCCACAUUCGCUGCCAAUCGCAAAUCACCCUGCGCAAUCAGCAGCUAUGGCUUUCUCGUACGCCUGAAGACACAGGGAUUGAGAGUGCUACUCGUAGGUGGGUAGCCACAGGAAGGAAGGUAAGGUGGCUGGCAGGGUGGCAGGGUGGCAGGGCAGCAAGGGAAUCUCCCUAGCCUCGGCGUGCAAGUAUGCUUUUGGAAGGAGACAUCUGUCUUACCGUGCCGAUCUGGCGCCAGCACGAGGCUGCUGCUGUGGUCCUCUUUAUAAAUCGUCGUGUGCCCGUUCGUUUGUCGGGAGGGAGAGAGAGGUAAGCACCUAGGUCCAGCAAGCUCGUUGCGUCGAGCUGCUGUCCUGGUUUACUUCUGUCUCUUCUCCUCUUCGCCUCUCCUUCCUCCAAUCCCCUCACGACCAACUGCAACAAUGCAGCUCUCCGCCGCUCUCACCCUUGGCCUGCUGGCCCUCCUCACCCCGGCCUCUGCUACACGCCUACGACUCGUGCCUCCGGCUGUCCCGCUCCCGCCGGCUGCUACGGCGCGCAUCUCGAAUUCAACGGGCAAUUUCGUCUUCACGCAGCUGCUCGACCAUGAUCUGCCCCACGGCGACACGUUCGGACAGCACGUGUGGUGGAACUCGGAGCAUUGGGGUGGUCCAGGGUCGCCGAUCAUCCUCUUCACGCCCGGCGAGACGGCCGCGGACGAGUAUGAGGGAUACCUCACCAACGCGACCCUGACGGGGAAGUUUGCUCAGGAAGUUAAUGGCGCUGUGGUGAUGGUUGAGCACCGCUACUGGGGUGAAUCGUCUCCCUAUGCAGACCUCACGGGCCACAACCUUAAGCAGCUCACUCUUCGCAACUCCAUCGCAGAUUUCGUCCGCAUUGCUGCUACUGCGCAACUCCCAUUUGAUCCCUCGCACAAAUCGGACGCUGCACACGCCCCAUGGAUCAUGAUGGGUGGUUCCUACGCCGGCUCGCUCUCCGCGUGGACCGAGUCUGUAUCCCCAGGCACCUUCUGGGCGUACCAUUCCAGCAGUGCGCCAGUCGAGGCCAUCGAUGACUACUGGCAGUACUUUGUGCCUGUCGAGAAGGCGAUGCCGAGAAACUGCAGCUCGGAUGUGUCGAAGGCCGUGGAGUACAUCGAUAAGGUGUUUGCGAAGGGUUCGCAGAAGGAGCAGGUAGCAUUGAAGGAGAAGUUUGGAUUGGGCAAGCUGAGGAAUGAUGAUUUCUCUAGUGUCCUGGAAUACGGCCCAUCGCAAGAACAGUCCAACACCUUCUACACACCCCAACCCCUAACCAUCUUCUGCGACUACGUCGAGGGCACCCAUUCCAACAGCACCGGCGCGUCCACCAACGGCGUAGCUGGCGUUGGCGUCGCUAAGGCGCUCGAGGGCUACGCGCAGUGGGUGAAGCAGGUUUACCUCCCUGAGUCGUGCCAGGUUUACGGCUACGAGGAUCCGGCGUCCAUUGAGUGCUACGACACGUAUAACCCGGACAACAAGCUGUUCACUGAUCACACCGUCGGAAAUGCAAUUGAUCGCCAGUGGCAGUGGAUGUUGUGCAAUGAGCCGUUUGGCUGGUGGCAAGGCGGUGCCCCCAAGAACCACAAAACCAUCGUCUCCCGCAACAUCAACACCGCCUACUGGCAGCGCCAAUGCGAGCUCUUCUUCCCCCCCUCCCAAGGCUCCCCCAACUCCGCCUUCGGCCGCACCGUCGACGUCCCCAACCACUACACCUCCGGCUGGACCCCCCGCAAGUCCAAGCGCCUCCUCUACGUCAACGGCGAGCUGGACCCCUGGCGCACCGCUGGCGUGUCGUCUGAGUUCCGCCCUGGCGGGCCGCUGACGAGCACCGAGGAGAUUCCGGUGAUAAUUAUUCCGGGGGGGUUCCAUUGCAGUGAUUUGAUUUUGAAGAAUUAUAUUGAUCCGGGGGUGAAGAAGGUGGUGGAUAAGGAGAUUGAGAUUCUGAAGGGGUGGGUGGGGGAGUGGUAUGAGGGGAAGCCGGGGAGGGGGGCGAAGAGGGGGGUUGAGGGGUGGGAGGGGCGGGUGUGA